AUGGCAAGACUAGAUCGAGUACUAUCUGCUAGAUUCCUAUACGCGGGAGCACUUAUGUGGCUUCUUGUCACUAUUGCGGCUUUGGCUCUCCUCAUGCAAGCUACACGUGGGGCAAAAACGUCAAUUAAACGCGCGCGAAUUCAUGGGCUAGAGCCACAAACUGACAGAAGGACAAUUCCGAGUGUUGUGGAGGAACUAGCCGCGCCAUUCAACACGUUUUGGACACGAAUUGAAGAGAGCUUACUUCGUCUUUGGCUUGAAAAGAGCUGGAUGCAGGAGCAACUGCAGUCGACGAGUAGCGGGGAACAGAUAUAUACAGUCUAUGGUACCUUGCCUUCCAAAGUUCCAGACAACCGGAUCAUCGAACAAGGCAUGGUUAGACUGUUUCUGAUCGCAAUUACGAGUAUGAUCCUCCUGUGGAUUGCACAAUGGUUGUUUUGGGCCGGAUUUAUUGGCCUCAGUAUGGAAGAAUUCUGUCCUCCUAAACUUGGGGUUCUUACCGUCAUCUGGAUGAUCUCCUCGCUGGCUACCGUUGCUGUAUCAGUACUUCCUUGA